AUGAGUGAUUCGGCUAAUAAACUAAUUGUUAUUGCAAGAUUUUCAAUAAACUACGUAGUUAGAUUUAUAACAGCUUCUUUGUUUCUUUAUUGUUGCUGGAUUCCGUUUCAAUAUUUAACCGGCUGGUUUUCCUAUCAUGUAAUCUUAUGUACUUUUGGGUACUUACCCCUUAUGGCUGAAGCCAUUAUGUUAUUCGUGGGUGACGAUAUAUGGAGUAAAAAAUUAGAUCGAAAAUCGAAAUAUAUUGCGCAUGGUAUUAUAAUAACUGUAGCAACAUUGGUGGUAACCGCAGGAAAUAUUCUCGUUUUUAUGUACUUAUCGCCUGGAUACCAUUUGUACACUGCACAUGGAAUUACCGGUCUGAUAUCAAUGAUACUCCUCUACAUAUCUUUAGGUUUCGGUUUAGCCGUUAAUUAUCCGAAACAAGCUGAGAAGUUCCUGCCACUUCGACCUGUAACUAAUAAAUUCAUACAUAACAUCACAGGUUUACUUGCUUACGGAAUAGGAAUAACGAGUCUGUGUUACGGCUACUUCACCAAUUGGUUCGUUUAUUACACCGGUGAAGAAUCCAGAUCUGUCGCUUUAGGUUUAACUAUAGCUGCGUCAAUAUGGCCCUUGAAUGGGGCUUUCAUUUCUCUAUGGGCUCAAUUGAAAACAGUUUUUUAAUACAUGAAUAUAUUUUAUUUUUAUUAUGCUAAUGUAUAUCAUUUUCUUUUGGUGAUAAUGCGUCUGUAAAUUGUAUAAGUUGCUGGUAAUGUUUGUCCAGCAAAAAUUAUUAAAGCUUGUCAGUUCCCUGCUCAAUGAAAAAUAAGUUUAAGGUGUCUAUUAAUUGUUAUCAAUAAAGUCUGGGGAGCAUUAAAUACGGUAAACCAAAAGUUAGUUAUUGCGUCAAUUAACAGUUAUCUGCAAUAACUAUAGGUAAUCAUAUAAUUAAUCCUUAUAUAGGUUUAUAUCUUUAUGGAAUAUUUAUAACAUCGCAUUAUAAAAAGGAGCCUUUAAAGAAAUCGUUCAAUAAGUACCCGUAAAUAAUAAUCUGUUAGUAUUUUUCGGUUAAUUCGGAGCAGUCAUGACAGAAACAAAACCUCUUACGGUGAUAGACAGACUAUUUCGUAUCUACAACACUCUUUUACACGUUAUUAUCGGAUUAUCAGCAGCUUUUAUGUUUUACAUAUUCUUCAAAUACAAAGAAAAUUACCGCUUCACUAGAUUCCUGCACGUCUUUUUGAGCACAUUAGCGGUAAGUACAACUGUUUCUUCGUUCAGAUUGCGCCCAGUCUAUUUUGAGACAUUUUUAGUACGUUCCUUUGAUGGCCGAAUCUUUACUGAUUUUCUCCGAAUACAACGUUUGGACAUUGCAAUUGAGCCGCAACAUAAAAUCCUGGAUACACGGAGUGUUUUUAGGAUGCAGCGUGGUAAUUGCUACAGUCGGGAUUAGCAUUAAAAUCAAUACGAAAUUGGGUUUCGGGGAUCCGAAUUUCGUCAGCGAUCAUGCUAUUUUAGGUGGGUGUCUCGGAAUUUUCGUAUUUACUUCAUUAAUUUUCUAUUUUCUAGGUCUAGUAUCGUGGCUACUUUGUAUGAUAUCUGUAUUCGGGGGAUUGCUGGCGUUGUAUUCUCCAAAAUUUAAACUAUUAGUUAGGCCUGUUGUAGUGAAAUUGAUCCAUACGCUGUUGGGUUUGGUCGCUUUUGUACUGGGAAUGGCUAGUUUAAUCCUGGGCCUGGACCUGCCGGCUUUUAACAGUUUUACCACGCCGAACGAGAAGAGAGGAAUGAUCGUUUUGCUGUCGCUGGUGACGAUUUUCUGCGCCACUAGGGUCGUUCGAUCGGCUUUUAAUCAAUUCAAAGCAGUGCUGACAUGACUAGAAGAUUAAAUAAUUAUAUACAAAAAUAAUUUAAAAUAAUAAGACUGCUCGUUUGAUUUAUUUAUAUAAUUACAACGUUCUUGUGUAAUACAUCUGUUUUAUACGGCAUUUUCAUAAAAUCGAAUUGUAUUUUAAACUUAAAGAAUUUUUGUAUUGAUUUACCGAAAUUU